AUGCGCUCUACCUUGAUUCAGGUGAAAAUCCGUUCUCGUGCGCGAGACGAGACUGAGCGGUGAAAGCGCCAAGGCUGCAACGCCCACUCCCUCCCUUCAAUCCCUAAUUACCCUCACUCCACUCACUUCCCUAUCGCUUUUGCUCUCUCUCAGGGUAUUACGUGGAAAAUGGGAAGUAACGGUACUGAAAAGAUCCCCAGCAAUAACAAUGCUGAAAGUUCCGAAACUACUAUCGAGAUAAAGAUUAAAACAUUGGAUUCACAAACUUACACCCUCAGAGUGGAUAAACAGAUGCCAGUCCCUGCUUUGAAAGAACAAAUUGCUUCUGUAACCGGAGUGUUAUCAGAACGGCAACGCUUAAUUUGCCAAGGAAAAGUUCUAAAGGAUGAUCAGCUCCUGUCUGCCUAUCAUGUUGAAGAUGGUCACACUCUGCAUCUAGUUGCAAGGCAACCUGAUCUACCACCACCUGGAAGUGUGCUCCAUCAUUCAGUGACUGAAACAAAUUCAAGCACAAGCCAUGGUCACAGUAGUCAAAUAGCCCCUGGUGUAUUUAUUGAAACUUUCAAUUUGCCCAUUCAGGGGGAUGCAGUUCCUCCCGAAAUCGAUAGGAUUGUUUCUGCCGUUCUAGGAUCUAUUCGACUUCCAACUUUUGCAAGUGGCAGUGAAGGGAUUGAUGUCAGGGAUCAUGAUUCCCAAGGCUUUGGAAGAACUUUGGGUUCUGGUGGAAUAUUGGAUUUAUCUCAUCCUCAACCUGAACAAGCUGGUUUGCGGUUUUCUUCUGAUAGAUCGCGUAAUACCUUUGGACUUCCAGCAACAAUAUCACUAGGGUCCUUGCAGCCUUCUGUCAUUCCUGAUUCUUUGACAACGUUGUCCCAGUACCUAAGUCAUAUAAGCCAUGAAUUUGAUGCAAUUGUCAGAGAAGGGGGGGAUAAUGUCCAAGCAGCUGAGGCACGUAGGAAUGAAGAAACGGGAUCUGUUUCUUCACGUUCGGGUUCAACUCCAGAAGGGCUCUCAUCACCCUCAUCCUUGGCAGAAGUCUUGCUUUCUACCAGACGAAUGAUCGUUGAACAAGCUGGGGAAUACCUACUUCAACUCUCAAGGCAAUUGGAGAAUCAAGCAGAUGUAACUGAUCCCUUGUUGCGGUCAAGCAUUCAGUCUAGGGCUUUGAGAACUGGAGUUUUGUUUUAUAACCUUGGUGCGUUUUUACUUGAGCUGGGUCGCACAACCAUGACAUUGCGUUUGGGUCAAACCCCGUCUGAAGCUGUAGUUAACGGUGGGCCUGCAGUUUUUAUAUCUCCAAAUGGUCCUAACCAUAUCAUGGUUCAGCCCCUUCCUAUUCAACCUGGGCCAAGCUUUGGUGCUGUACCUGUGGGAGCUGCACAGUCUAACUCAAGUUUAGGUGGUGGACUUGGUUCAAGUUUUCUCCCUAGGCGUAUUGAUAUACAAAUACGGCGAGGUACCUCGACAACCCCAUCCAGUACCAAUCAAGAAGAACGCAAUGAUACGCAAUCUGCUUCAAUACAAAGAAAUCCAGGUGAAAGUUCUGUUAAUCAAACAACUUAUAGGCGUCCAGAUGCAUCUGUUUCUGGGGAGCCAGGAGUAAGGUUAGUGCCAAUUAGAACCAUGGUUGCAGCUGUACCAGGACCCUUAGGUCGUCCGCCUUUGGAAUCAUCUGGUAAUUCCAUAGGGCUUUACUAUCCAGUACUUGGGAGAUUUCAACAUGUAUCUACUGGGCAUGCAAAUAGUGAACAUGUAUCUCAACAAUCCAGUCAGCAUCAUGCUGCUCUACUUUCAACUCCUGAAUCCACACUGCAAAGGCAAAGCACAGAAGAUUCUGCGAGGAAUGGAUCCUUAUCAACUCCAAGCACGAGACAAGAGCCAUCAAAUUCUCGAGUUGUAAAUAUCAAUAUUCUGGCUGCUAGUGGGCCUCAAAACAACCAAGAAUCUGAGAGACAAAUACCAAGCAGUGUACUUCAGUUUUUAAGGACACUCUUUCCUGGUGGAGAAAUUCAUGUGGAAGAUUCAAGUGUACAAGGGACAAAUGCAGGUUCUACCUCAGAUCACGCUGCAACAUCAAGGGGUGCUGCCCAAGUCCCUGAAGCACAGCCUAAUGUUAGUGACGAAGGAAUUUUUUUGUCUAACAUACUCCGUGAGAUCAUGCCAGUCAUAAGUCAACAAUUAGGGUCUGAGGGAAAUCCUUCGGAAGAUCAUAUGGCUCAAGAUUCUGCAACCCAGGUUGAAACUGAUGCUGGGACAUCACUCAGACGGAGUGGUUCUGAACCAAGUCCCCCAAAUCCAAAACGUCAAAAGUGUGUUCCAUUUUCCUUACUCCCAAUUUCCAUUGGGCAAAGGGGUGGAUACUUACAACAGGUGCCCUGGCACUCACUCAGUGACAGCUCACAACUCCAGCAUGGGACUCUAUGGGAGAGUGAAUGUGUACUUAGGAUAUAUGUUGCUCUCUUUGUUGGGUCGUCCUAUGGUGUCUCUGAUCCCAUGAUCGUGUGUCUGCUAUUCAUUAGCAGUUAUACAAUACUAGUCUGUCUCAGGUGGGAUUUUGUUGGAUCUUAUCCCCCCCAGUGUAAUCUUACAGUGAAUCUUAUCUACCAUCAAAUGUGGACUGAAUUUAGUUUUAGAAUAACAUCUCAGACGAAGAUAAUUUGUCAACAGCCCUUACGUCGAAAAUACAGAUUCAAUUAUCGAACAAGACGGAGUAAUAUAGAGGAUAAUGUUCGGUCGAGGAGGAUUGUGAACAUAGGAAACAGAAUUCAGGGUGGAUCUCAUGAUGUCAAUUUGGUAGUAUACGCUUGUGUAAUUAUCUACAUCAAGCGUUAUGUCACUCUCUCCUUCUGUAGACAAAAUUUUAAGACUGCUGUCCGAAUGUGACUUUUUGUAUAUUAUUGGCAUUGGAAUUGAGCUUACCCUAAAUUCAGUUCAGUUUAUGCUUGGAAUUGGUAAUAGAAGUCAACAUUUGAAUCGAUAUUAGCUAUCAUAUAAAUAUCAUUUGGCGUCUU